AUGUUCUGCAGGUCCGUUUGGCGCCGCAAUGUUGCCGAGGUGGCGGCUGCCAUCAAGGCAGGGAAGCACGCAGAAACACUUGUGGAGCUGAACAAAACGAAGCGUUUGCGGAAACGCGUCAAAGAUGUGGAUUAUUGUCGUGCCUUGUGUUUCUUGUUGGGGAACGAUGACGCGUUGCACGCUCGACAAGCUCUUCUAGAAGAGUUGCGGCACUUUCCUGAGAACGCCGCGGCGCGCAUGCUGCUGUACGAUAUCAAUGGUAAGGUGCGUUCCUGCCUGCUCCCGCCUGCGGAAGUUGUGAGGCGUGAGCCCCUCUUCGGUCUUCUCUGCGACGCCCUCUUGGACCACACCAUGCUCACAUGGACACGGCUGUAUGGGUUGUACCUCUCGGCGAAGGAGGCAUGUCGUAGCAGUCCGGGGGGCGCUCUGGUGGAGUGCGGCGUCGCUGGUGGGGGCUCGGCGGUGCUGCUCGCGGUAGUGGCGGCACAUUACAGUGAGCACCCGCGAAAGGUGUACGCCUUGGACACCUUCGAUGGCAUGCCCGACCCCACUGCGUCUGAUGUCUUGAAGGGCGGCAGCACCCCCGCGGAAGCAACCGCGUGGGGGAGCGGAACGUGCAGUGCCCUCCAAGAAAAUGUUCGACGCCUCGCCAAGGACUUUGAUGUGGAAGAGCAGUUGGUGAUUGUCCCAGGCAUGUUUCAGGAAACGCUCCCGCAGCUUCUGAGGGAGAUUGAUACCGAGGGCGUCGCCAUGUUGCAUGUGGAUGCAGAUUGGUAUGAAUCGACAAGGUGUGCCCUGGAACUUUUGUGGCCGCUCGUGCUCAAGGGAGGCGUGGUGCAGGUGGAUGACUACAACUACUGGGACGGGUGUCGAAAGGCGGUGGAUGAGUUUGUUCACUCCCAGGCCAGGAAGAGCCCCCACACACUGCUGCAGCUUCGGCCAGUGGACGGUAAUGCAGUGUACUUCACAAAGCCCUAA